CAUCCUUGGCAACAUCACGUGACCGCCGAAAGAAAGAAGCUAAAAUAACGGAUAAGAUCCACUCUCUGUUCUCAAAUUGACUCUCGGCUCUCACGAUGGCUGGUUUCACCAGCACUUUCCAUCAUCCCUUCAAACUCCAUCUCUCGAAACCCCUCAGAUCCCUCCCUUUUCACCCCAACCUCUUCACUCUCCACCUCCGAAGCCCCGCCACCCGCUCGCCCUCCGUCUCCUCUACAACCACCGCCACCACCGUUAUUGUAUCCCGCUACGGCGGAGGAGGUGGGUCCUCUGGAAAACCCAAGUCCAAUGAUGAACAGGCACUUGAUAUUUCUUCCAUCAGGUCAGAUAAAGUUAGGCUUAUUGAUCAGCAGCAAAACAUGGUUGGAAUAGUGUCAAAAGGUGAGGCACUACAAAUGGCUGAUAAUGCGGAGCUUGACUUGGUGAUAUUAUCUCCAGAUGCAGAUCCUCCAGUUGUCAGAAUAAUGGAUUACAAUAAAUAUAGAUAUGAGUUGCAGAAGAAGAAACGAGAACAGCAGAAGAAAAGUCUUGCCAGCCGCAUGGAUUUGAAGGAACUCAAGAUGGGUUACAAUAUCGAUGUGCAUGAUUACUCUGUGCGUUUGAAAGCAGCUAAGAAAUUUCUAAAAGAUGGUGAUAAGGUAAAGAUUAUAGUGAACUUGAAGGGGCGUGAAAAUGAUUUUAGAAAUAAUGCCAUAGAGCUCAUCAGACGGUUUCAGAAUGAUGUCGGGGAGCUUGCUGUCGAGGAGAACAAAAAUUUCCGUGACAGGAACAUCUUCAUAAUAUUGGUUCCAAAUAAAGCCGUUGUUCAAAAAGCUCAAGAACCACCAAAGAAGAAGGAUAAGUCAACAGCAAAUGAAGUCUCAGCAGGUGUCUGAGUGUAUUAAAGAAAUAGCAGGUAGUAUAGACUCUUCUUUUUAAAACUGGGAUUUUGCAAAGAUCCCUUUGUCAUGUAUAGAUUUGUGUACAACCUGUACAAGGAUAAUUCGCUUUAUAUAAUAUCAAAAAAAAUAGCCGGUCGACGUCUUCAGUGAGCAUUAUGCUUGAAGUUUA